CCGCAACUCCCUUUGCACCGUUUACUUCCUCUUCCGGUUGGAUGAUGUAUGAAAUAGCAUGUAUUACCUGAAACACUUUGAUGUUACAACAAUCACCAAGAUCUCUGACAACCAAACUCAACACACUGUUUUUUUUAUCCCGCAAGAAGGCCUCACUGCGCGAAAGCUAACAAUGUUGCCAAGUUAGGAAAAUGACUUCGAAGCCGCCUCCAGGCCACUUCAAUAUUCUGUACUUUGCGAGCGCCGGCUCGUACACGUCCAAGAAUGUCGAGGCACUGCCGGCACCGCUGCCGUUGAGGAAACUCUUUGGCACGCUCGAGGAGCGGUACCAGGGCAUCCGAGCGAGCGUGCUGGACCACAGCCUGGUUACCAUCAACCUAACGUACGUCGACGUGCCGGAUGACGAGACUGCAAGAGAGGGGGAAGAGGAGGUUGUGAUACAAGAAGGCGACGAAGUCGCCAUUAUUCCCCCUGUUAGCUCUGGAUAACGGCACGCUGUGCCCCGGCAGCAAUGCAAUACCUAGCACUACUCCGUAGCACCAAACUCCAACAAUACAAUCAAGCAAGCAAGCCAGGACCCCCAGAAUAUCGUGAUUCAGGAUGUUGACGUCAGCAACGGAUCCUCUUCCCCUGUUCCGCUGCUCCCAACAGCACCAUCACCACCAGCACCGCGGACCCAACCUCUCCUCCUACCCCUCCAAAAAGCCCAUCUCGCAUCCCCCCCUUCGCCGCCGUCCUCCCUCCCAGCCUUCCAGGCCCUCCACCGAUCCGCCCAGUCCCGCGAGCGCACUAACCUCCUCGCGUGCCGCCAGAUGACAACGCCCGCCCAGAUGAAGCCCACGAGAGCCAGCGUCGACACGACGGCCACGAGCACGCUCAGCGCGGUGAUGGUCGACACCUGGCACCCGAGCGGCCGCGUCCUGAGCUCCCACCGCUCCGACCAGUGCGGGCAGAUCUGCUCGUCGUAGGCGGGAGCGAGGAGGGGGAUGGAAACGGUGUUGGGGACGCAAGCCUGUGUAAAGGGACACCACGAGCAGCCCGGUUGGCCAAGGCAGGCGGGACACAGCUGCUGGCGCCAGCAGCGGCGGAAGUGAUCAGAGUGCGUAUCGGAGGAUGGCAUCUUGUGAAUAUGCCCUUGAUAGCCGAAGACGAGAGAGAGAGAGAGAAAGAGAGAAACGAACAAUCGCGAUUGAGGAUGGGGAGCUAAUCAACAGUGCCAAGGGCGAAUUGUAUUCGUAAGGCGUUAGAGCGUGAGAGUGAAUGAGAAGAGAAAGCGGAAAGG